GUGGCGGCGGCGGGAAGAUGGCGGAGUCCGGCGGCGGUGGUGGCGCUGGUGGCGGCGGCUUCGGCGCGGGCCCGGGCCCCGAGCGCCCGAGCAGGAAGACCCCAUGCAAGCUGCUCUUUCCUGGGCCCGGGUUCGAUCCUCCUGUGUCAUCUUACAGCUCCGGGGCUGUGGACAAGCUGCUCAGUGUGUCCCUGUCCCUGAAAGCAUGGCCGACAAGAACGGGGCCCUCAAGUGUACCUUCUCAGCCCCUGGCCACAGCACCAGCCUCCUGCAGGGCCUCGCCGCCCUCCGCGCCCAGGGCCAGCUCCUGGACGUCGUGCUCACCAUCAACCGAGAGACUUUCCACGCGCACAAGGUGGUCCUGGCUGCCUGCAGCGACUACUUCAGGGCCAUGUUCACAGGCGGCAUGAGGGAGGCGAGCCAGGACGUUAUCGAGCUGAAAGGUGUGUCGGCCCGCGGCCUGCGGCACAUCAUCGACUUCGCCUAUAGUGCCGAGGUGACGCUGGACUUGGACUGCGUGCAGGACGUGCUGGGCGCGGCCGUGUUCCUGCAGAUGCUGCCCGUGGUGGAGCUGUGCGAGGAGUUCCUCAAGGCCGCCAUGAGCGUGGAGACCUGCCUCAACAUCGGCCACAUGGCCACCACCUUCAGCCUGGCCUCGCUCAAGGAAUCAGUGGACGCCUUCACCUUCCGGCACUUCCUGCAGAUUGCCGAGGAGGAGGACUUCCUGCACCUGCCGCUGGAGCGCCUCGUCUUCUUCCUACAGAGCAACCGGCUGCAGAGCUGUGCCGAGAUCGACCUGUUCCGCGCGGCGGUCCGCUGGCUGCAGCACGACCCCGCCCGGCGGCUGCGCGCCAGCCACGUGCUGUGCCACAUCCGCUUCCCGCUCAUGCGCUCCUCGGACCUGGUGGACAGCGUGCAGACGCUGGACAUCAUGGUGGAGGACGUGCUGUGCCGCCAGUACCUGCUGGAGGCCUUCAACUACCAGGUGCUCCCCUUCCGGCAGCACGAGAUGCAGUCUCCGCGCACAGCCGUGCGCUCGGACGUGCCCUCGCUGGUCGCCUUCGGCGGCACGCCCUACACCGACAGCGACCGCUCGGUCAGCAGCAAGGUGUACCAGCUGCCCGAGCCGGGCGCCCGCCACUUCCGCGAGCUGACGGAGAUGGAGGUGGGCUGCAGCCACACGUGCGUGGCCGUGCUGGACAACUUCGUGUACGUGGCCGGGGGCCAGCACCUGCAGUACCGCAGCGGCGAGGGCGCUGUGGACGCCUGCUAUCGCUACGACCCCCACCUGAACCGCUGGCUGCGCCUGCAGGCCAUGCAGGAGAGCCGAAUCCAGUUCCAGCUGAACGUGCUGUGCGGCAUGGUGUACGCCACGGGCGGCCGCAACCGCGCAGGCAGUCUGGCCUCGGUUGAGCGGUACUGCCCGCGGCGCAACGAGUGGGGCUACGCCUGCUCGCUGAAGCGCCGCACGUGGGGCCACGCGGGCGCCUCGGCCGGGGGCCGUCUCUACAUCUCGGGCGGUUACGGCAUCUCGGUGGAGGACAAGAAGGCCCUGCACUGCUACGACCCCGAGACCGACCAGUGGGAGUUCAAGGCGCCCAUGAGCGAGCCGCGGGUGCUCCACGCCAUGGUGGGCGCGGGCGGCCGCAUCUACGCCCUUGGCGGCCGCAUGGACCACGUGGACCGCUGCUUCGACGUGCUGGCGGUGGAGUACUAUGUGCCCGAGACGGACCAGUGGACCAGCGUGACCCCCAUGCGGGCCGGCCAGUCGGAGGCCGGCUGCUGCCUGCUGGAGAGGAAGAUCUACAUCGUGGGGGGCUACAACUGGCGUCUCAACAACGUGACAGGCAUCGUGCAGGUGUACAACACCGAGACGGACGCGUGGGAGCGCGACCUGCACUUCCCGGAGUCCUUUGCCGGCAUCGCCUGUGCCCCUGUCCUGCUGCCCCGGGCCGGGACCAGGAGGUAGCUCCCCGGACCCCUGCUCCCGGCCUGGCUGUCUGCCGUUUCUGCCAGGGGCUUGGCGGGCGCGUGCCUGGGUGGAGAACUUCGACCCCCCACCCCUGGGGGCUGGCCUCGCAUAAGGCGCUCUCCUUCCUGCCCCCCCUUCCUGAAUCCUGAAGCACAUUCUGGCUCCGUGCCCUCUGGGGGAGCCUGCCAGCAGCAAGGCUGAUGUGUCGUGGCAGCAAACUCACACCGAAGGCGGUUUCCUCGCCCACCACAAGUUCCUGCUGGCUGGCUCUUGGGCGGGAAUUGGGGUCUCCUCUGGGGUGUCAUUGUGUGGCUUUGCCCUGUGUCUCCCCCCUCCCCCUGCCCGGAGGUCUGAGACAUUCAGAGGCAAACUCAUUAAGGGUUGAUCCCCAGAUUCCCCCCCACCCCCGUGAGUUGCAUGCAUCUCUUUUUUAAAUAAACACACCCCAAAUCUCUGUAACAUAUGGACCUCCAGGAGCAGGAGAGGCAGGCAGCUGGCAAGUACCUGGCUCUGGUUGGCCAGAAGGGCGUGUUUCCACCUCCCCAAUAAGCCCGGGCUGCCGGGUGGGAGGAGGCCGGCACUCAUUCCCCUUCCCGGCCUGGGUCUUAGCACCUUCAGGGUGUUUGAUCUUCUGCUUUCAGGAGGAGAAGAAUACAGCCAGCUCCCAGAGAUGGUCCUCACAGGCAUCCGGCCUUCCAUUGGGCCCUGGGUGACGUGUGGGGCCUGAACAAUGGGGCUGACUCUUCUCAUCCCUGUCCCUGUCCCAUGAAUGAAAGGGGAUGCCUGCUUCAGAAUCUCACAGUGCGCCUGCAUUCCACAGGGCCUGUCCCAUGAUUUUUAUCUCCCUCUGCUCCCCCCUCGCCCUGUGUUCAGGUUGACAUGCCGCCGGGCCUGUGCCCGGCCGGGGUGGGAAGUUAGGCGGGCCGCGAGGCCUCUCCCUUCAAGGGCUUUGCGGCAUCUCCGGCCACAUUUGUUUUGGUGUCUAAACCUCAAAACCUUUUUAUUUUUUUUUGUUUUCUUUGGCUUUUUUUUUUUUAAGAGGCCAGCGUGGCUGUCUUAUAAACGAGAUUUGUACCCUCGGGGCAACUUAAAGUGUCUCUUUUGCUGCUAAUGGACGAUUAAUGUCGUGUCUCUGUGACCCACUCGCCAUGUAAAGAAUUAACCUCAUACCUUAGCAGACGUCGUCUCCUAAUAUUUUCCUUUUAUUUAAU